GCCUUUUUCACUUUACUUUUGCUUCGCCAUCGCUUUGUUCAGCUUGUUGUUUUCUGCUAUGGGCAGCACAUCUUCUUCCGAUGAACCAUGUCUUCUUUGCCACCAUAUAGCGAGGGAGCUGACCGUUUUCAACUGUGGACAUGGCUUUUGCCGGGGUUGCCUCCAGGAGGUUUUUGGAGCUUCCUCCACUGCUACCAUUCACUGUCCCGAGUGUCGCGACCAAUACCAGAAAAUGCCAGCCGUAGGACGAGACGAAGUAUUUCCUGACUCUCUGGCUAAUGAGCGCCAUGAGAAGUGCACUCAAAAAUCUCCUGAAGGCACGGUGGUUUGCAGCUAUUGCACAGAAUCGUCAAAGAUGGCUUUGAAGACGUGUCUGGUGUGUGGAGCAUCGAUGUGCGCCGACCAUCUAAAGAUCCACACGGAAGGUGCUGCGUUCCAAAGCCAUCCUCUGGUAGAUGCUACCUCAGACAUCUCCGUCUGGAAAUGCAUGGAACAUCAGGAACUGCUGAAGAUCUACUGCCGGGAAGACGAGGUGUGCGUGUGCAGCGUGUGCACCUUGAUCGGGGCACACAAACAGCACGACUGUAUCAGCAUCGCCCAGGCCGAGAAGGAACUACGGGACAAAUUGAAAAAAGAUAUUCAGAAAAUCAAAACAAACAGUACAAUCAUCAAGAAUAAUGUGGAUGUUCUAAUGGAGAAGAAGCUUGAUCUUCAGACUGAAAUCAUUGGCAGAAAAUCUUAUCUUCAAGACCAAUAUGCAAUGCUGAAGAAGCUGAUUGAGGGUGAGGAGAGUAAGGUGCUGAAGUGCUUGGAGCGAGAAGAGGCAAAGGUUAUAGCUUCAAUUGAGGCCCAGCUUAAACCCCUGCAAGAAACCUUGAAAGAUAUUAUGGAGAACUCCAUUGUGUUGGAAAAGCUAUCCGAUUCUAAUGCAGCCACUCGUCUCCGGGAUCAAGCCUUUGUACAGGAAUACUGCAAGAUGGCAAAGAGUAUUAAUCACAUGGCAAGUCCUAUCAAUGAGCUGCAGCCUCCAAGAGAACUGGACCGUGAUAAACUUGAGAGGCUGCAGAACUGGACAAAGAAGAGACUGGAGGUGGCACCUAUGAAGGAGGAAGACAGAGAAUCCCUUAUUCUGUUCUAUGGGAAAACUCCAAACCUGGACCCAGACAGUGCACACGUUAAAUUGAUCCUGACUGAUGACAAUCAAUCAGUAACUCAUACAGAAGAGAACCAGCCAUACUCUCACCAUAAUGCACGAUUUGACAUUUUCCCACAAGUGCUGGGAGCUGAACCACUGGAGGGUGGUUGUAGUUACUGGGAAGUGAAGCUCCAAGGUGAAGGUCGCUGGAAAGUUGGCAUUUGUUACCCCCAAAUUGGCCGGAAAGGAAAGGGCGACAACUGUAGACUGGGAUACAACAGUUAUUCUUGGUGUCUUUAUGGGGAGAAGGAUAAAACCGAAGCAUGGCAUCAGAAGGAGGCAGUCUCUGUUUCAGGUAGCCCCAAGCAAGUUGGGGUGUAUGUCAAUUUUGAUGAUGGUAUAGUUUCUUUUUACAGUGUUCAUGAAAAUUCUGUGAGUUUACUACAUGAAUUCCAACACAAUUUUACUCAGCCACUUCUUCCAGCAUUGGCAGUUUCCAAGAUGUCUUUAUCAUUUUGUUAGAUGGUAUAGAAAGGAAAGCCAUAAUCAUUCCGCCACAAUGCAGCAGCAAGUACUUUCUCCAAAAGUGGUUCCACAGCAGCUGGGUGUCUACAACUGUCAAGGCAGGGAAACGUUUUGAUCCUACUUUUUGCUUCCUUUGAUGCCAAUUUAUACUUUCUGCAGAUGUGAAUCCUAGCAGUCACCUGCAGAACAUCCCCACAUCUCCAAAGUUGUGGGUCCAUGCAGUCUGCCCUGCUUUGACUGUUCAUGAUUUGUGUAUGACCCACGAAGCAGCAGAAACGUGUACAAAUUGUGCAGCAACAAUCUGCUUUGCUCAUAUUCAUAGACAUGUGAAGUUCAUGUCCCCUGAAGCAUACUUUUUACAUGGACAAGUGACAUUUUAACAUCAAUUUGGAUGACCACACUCAUAUGAGAAAGUCUGUGUACAUCUAAAGGCCAUUUCAAGUUGACUAUUAUGGGGAUGCACUUUAGGCCAAUUCAUAUUUUGUGCAUCUGCUGUUGUGUUCAAACAAAAUGACAUCAUGAUGUCAAUGUAGAUGAGUGCUUUUAGAGUUUAAAACCAUUGCAUUUGAAAAAUCUUACAAAAAAAAAAAAAAGUCAUGCCAAAUUCAAAGGAGAAUGCAGUGGGUCACAUGUACAAUUUCUGUGCAGAGAAUAAACAAAUCUGGCAAUGGUUAUUAAACAAAAAAACUCAGGGAUAGAUGGUAGAUGACAUAUGCAGAUAAUUUUAAUAUAGUGGAGAUAUUUUGCUUAUUAGCUUAGAGAAAAUGAGAUUUUUCAGUAGCAAUCAGUAAACAGCACAAUGAAGCAAUAGAUAAAACACAAUUGGGAAAAAAAAAUAAACAGUAUAAUAACUGCACUGGAGUAAUGAGGCAUUACUGGAAAUGUGAUCAAGCAAAACCUUUAAGGUAGCUGAAUAAAAGCCCUGUGUGCCAUAAAUUUUACGUUAACGUUUGGGCACCUGGGAGCUGUCCAUCCACCCUGGUGUCAGGAUUUAUGUUGAACAUUUUUCAUAUUUUCAAUUUGUUUUGACAUGGUGCUUGGCCAAAGUAAGGUAAAAAGUUCCAAGUUAAAUUUAAAAUGUGAGAGGACAAAUAUGAAAAAAAUUUUGGGUGCUCAAAACUUAAUAUAAUCAAAACAUUUAAAAAUAAUUUGAGGGAAAAAAUUACAGCUGCCUAUGUUUGAUAUUAAUCAUGUGUGUUACCUCAUAAGUUAUUUGUCUCAGUUUCUCCUUGGAGCCAAAUAAAGUACAUCUACCAAUCUACCUACUAACUUGAACAACCACCGAAACACGUAAUUGAAGCAGAAAUCUUAACAACCAACCUUUAAGAAGAAUCUGGAUGAGAUAUUGGAAUGGCUUAGCUAUUCGCUAAACAAACAGGCUAGACGGAAUGAAUGGUCUCCUCUCAUUUGUCAGAUUUCUUAUGUACCUGCAGCAGAGCGUAAAUGUGUUACCAAACCAGGUUUUACCAACAACGAACCAUACUCCGUUUAACUUACUACUCUUUACUUAAUCUUGAUCCAUACUGUCAAUUUUCUAACCUGCUUAUUCAGGUGAAGAUGGCAGAAAGCCAGUAGGUUGUUAAAACAAGUAUGUGGCCUUUGUUGUGUCCUCUUUAAAAUGAACUGUAGAUAUACAGUAAAUGCAUUUUAAGUGAAUAAAACAGAUCGCUAAGCAUACAUGGAUGAAAGUCAAUGUUAGGAACAGAUACACUGAAAGUCAAUGUUAGGAACAGAUACACUGACACCAGGAAUUUAAUAGAAACUUUUUUUUUUUUUUUUAAUAAAGAUAUAAAUCAUUCAUUCCCUUUUGUUAAAUUUGCUUCUAAUAGACUUGGGGACUAUGACCUCUACUUGAUGCCCCCGCUUUAUAUAUAUAUAUAUAUAUAUAUAUAUAAUAUACAUACAUACAUACAGCUAGAUAAAGUAUACUCAUGCAGUUCCAAUGUGCUAAGCCAUAAAUGCAGUCAUGGAUUUUUUUUUUAAGCAAACUCCUUGAGAAGGUAAACAAUGAUUAAUAGACUUGGACCAGAGUCCAGGAGUGUAGUGUUCUGGUCUGGACUUUAAACCACUGUGUUGCUGGUUCAGUUCCUAUCUCUGCAUCAAUGGAGGUUGCUUCUACCUGUGCUCCAACUACAAGAAUUUAAACAAUUAUGUACAGUAUCCUAAUCAAAUGAUGCCUUAGGUAAAAAUGCAAUA